UCCCAAACCUCAGUCCACGCAAUCUUAGCUCGCCCUUGAUACUUCCCUUGCUUUGCAUCUCGCGAUAUAUAUAAUUACAUGAAUGCGUCCCAUGCCCAGACCUGCCGAGGACCGUCGUCGAAUGGUGCCGCACUCAACCACAACAAUACCAACCAGUAACACCACCAACACCACCACCACCAACAUGGCCCCCCUCGACGACAUGAUAUACUUUGCCUGCUGCUCCAUCGUUAUACUACACACGCUCUCGGCGCUCUUGGUCAUCACACAUGGGAGAUGCAGCGUCUACGCGGCAGCCUUCCUCAUUGCGUGUGCCAUGUGGAUAGACGUCUCGAUACUCAACCUGUGGUUCUUCGUGCCGACGAUAAUCAAGGAGUCCCGAAACAUCGAGAUCCACCUCGUCCACGAGCCUUGGCUCGACACGGUGGCGGUCUCGCAGGGCAUCUUCCUCAGCUCGGCGGCGUCAUACGUCUACAUGAUGCUGUUCGGCUGGUUCGUCGGAUCAAUGUCGCUUUCAAAUGCUCUGGCUAUGUGGCAGAAGGAAGGUUGCGAUUGCAUGGACGCGCAUCACCACCGGGGAUUUGGUGGGCGCAUCGUACAGCUUGCGCACACGGCGGAGGAGUAUGUGGGGAUUUACGACUCCGGGUAUCUGCCCUUCCUGGAGCAGAAGGAGGAAAGGGUCAAGCGGUGGUCGAGUUAUCUUUUCGCUGGGCCGCGCUGGCUGCAUGGGAGCUAUUUGUUCAUGUUGUCGCCUCCGAUCAAGCUGCUCGGCGACCGAAAAUCGAGGCAGUCGAUAGAGCAGGAGAAGGUCUGAGUUAUUGGUGGGAACGGGACGGGACGGGCGAUGCUGGCCCAGGGCACACCACCUGGGCAGGCUUUUAGCGAUUAAGGACGGCGCUAUC